GGCGAGCUCGUCGGUGCUCAGUCAGUCGAGUUUCGGUUGCCAGGGCGCGCACUUGUGAGAUACUGAUACUGUGAGAAAGACGGGUCUGAUCCGGUUCGCGUGUAUAUCCCGUAUCGCCAUGAUCACGCCGUCUGGCCUGGCCUGGCUCCGUGUCGCUGGGAUUGCCCUGAUGAUCCUCGCGGUCGUGGAGGUCGACGCGAUCGAGACCCCACGCGACCGUCCGCUUCGGUUGCCGAACGACACCUAUCCGCUCCACUACCAGCUGCACAUCUCCAGCAACAUACACACGGGAACGUUGUUGUUCAGCGGAAAUGCCACUAUUGACGUACUCAUCCGGCGGUCGACAAACGAGAUUGUGCUGCACGCCAAAAAUCUUACGGAUAUCCAGAUAACUGUUCACCGGCUGGCGACUUCCGAUGCGGGUCUGGAGACCUUCGUGCUAGUGGACGACCUCACCCACACCUUCUAUGAGCAGGCCGCAUUUCUAAUCAUCCAUCCUCAGGAUGACCACCAGGCCUUCGGGGAGGGUCAGCGGUACCGGCUGGAGAUCCUCUACACGGCGAUCAUGAGGAACCGCGCCAUGGGUCUCUACUAUAUGGAUUACCACGACGAAAAAACCAACAGCACCGUUUAUGUAGCCGCCACGCAGUCGGAGCCAACUUAUGCUCGUCUGAUCUUUCCCUGCUACGAUGAACCCGGCUUUAAGUCAAACUUCAGCAUAACGUUAACGCAUGGUAGUACUCACUCGGCCAUUUCAAAUAUGCCUGUCAAGAAACUGAUUUCUCACGGAGAUCUGACAACAACGCAUUUCCAUGCAACCCCACCCAUGUCCACCUACCUAGUGGCCUUUGUCAUCUCGAACUUCGAGAGCAUAUCGGAGACAUAUCGCGGAGUCACCCAAAGCGUCUACUCCUCGCCCACCACCAAGGAAAAGGGUCAGAGUGCCCUGAAAAACGCCGUAAGAACGGUGGCUGCCAUGGAAGACUACUUCGGAGUUAGCUAUCCUCUGGAAAAGCUUGAUCACGUGGCCCUGAAAAAGAACUAUGGAGCUGCUAUGGAGAACUGGGGACUUAUCACCUUUAAGGAGGCCAAUUUGCUGCAGCAGGACUCGGACGAUGUGCACAAGAGGGUGAAGGACAAGAUCACGCAGAACCAUGAGAUUGCCCACCAAUGGUUCGGGAAUCUGGUGUCGCCCGAGUGGUGGACCUAUGCUUGGAUGAACGAGGGAUUUGCCACCUACUUUGGAUAUGUGAUCACGGAUCUGCUCUACCCCGAGGAAAAGGUGAUGGACAUGUUUGUGGCCGACGAGGCCGAUCGGGCUUAUAGCUACAACAGCUUCUUCGACGUCCGGCCAAUGACAUCGUAUGUGGAAAAAGAGAAGGACAUCAUGGCCGCCUUCGACAUCAUCACAUACAAGAGGGCGGCCUGUGUAAUCAAGAUGUUCCAUCACGCCUUCCGCCAAAAGCUAUUCGUGAAGGCGAUCAGCCACUUUCUGGAAAAAUAUCGUUACAGCACCGCCAACGAGCUUAAUCUCUUUGAUGCCCUCCAGACGGAGCUCCGGGAGGACGAGUAUUUCUCUCAGCAGCCAUGGACGUCUCGGGUCCAGGAUAUUAUGCUCUCCUGGACCCACAGCGAAUGGAUGCCCAUUGUCUUGGUAACAAGGAAUUACGAGAACAAUUCUAUAACCUUCAGCCAGCGAUCCAUACACGCCAAAGACGAGCUCUGGUGGAUACCAUUGAAUUUUGCCACUGCCCAGGCGCCCAGUUUCCAGGACACGCAAGCAGAUCUAUUCAUGCCUCCCCAGUCACAUUACUCAGUGACCUUGGAUGACUUGGGCUUCCAGUUGAACGGCAGGGAUUGGAUUAUAGUGAACAAGCAGCAAACGGGAUUCUACCACGUUCAUUACGACAACGACAAUCUGAGGGCCAUUGCCCGUCAGCUGCAGGUUAAUCACUCCCUCAUCCAUCCCGUUAACCGGGCGGCCCUCUUCCGAGACCUGAAGCCCCUGAUUGAGCACAACGAAAUCGAGCAUGUGGACGUCCUGUUCGAGAUGCUCAAGUACAUGGAGUUCGAGGAGGACAUGCUCCCGUGGAAUCAGGUGGCAGACACCAUAGACUUUCUGAGAAGGAACUUGUUUGCCACCUCCUCACAGGAUCUGUUCAAUGCUUUUGUGCGUCGCUUGGUUACGCCCAUUUUUCGUCGUCUCUUUCUCGAUCCUGAUGGCGGCCAGAUAUCGAACAGCGCCCUGAACGCCGGCCAGGAGAUUCUGCAGAUGGCCUGCGUGGCCGACCUACCCGAGUGCCUGGACUAUACCCGCCGCCUUACCAAGGAAUACAUCUUCAAGAGAGUGAACUUGACCAACGAUUCGGAAUACUAUGCCAUGUAUGACACAGUCCUGUGCCUGGGAGUCCGCUACCUGAGCGACAACGACUUCCGCGGGGUCAUCGAUAUGCUGCAGGCGGCAGAUCGAAGCUCGGUGUACUACGACGACAUGAUAUAUUCCCUGAGGUGCACCCAAAGCCACAGGCACCUGUUGUCCUAUCUGGAGUUGCUGCUGGGCGAGAACUCCACUCACCUGAUUCUCAGUGAUCCGGAGGCCAUGAUGUACCUGUUCUACGUCUACAAAUCCAAUCAGGCGGCCCGCCCCGUGAUUUGGCAGUACAUCGACCGGAACUACAGGCUGCUCUGCCGGUCACCGAACUUUGUGGAACAUUUUAAUCAGAUUGCAGAGUUUCUGCCCCGGCAACAAAGGCCUCAUUUUAUGCGACUCCGCCAGAGUAUAGCCUGUCAUAUGGCCCUGGAGAGCCUGAGGCCAAACGAGGAGCUAAUCGAUGUGAAUUCCCCGCUGGUGGGGAAGAAGGCCAAGCUCAGCGAAUCCUUCCUGGACAAGUUCGAGCAGCAGAUCCACAGCUGGUUGUUGAGCGAAGUGCCCUCCGCACCCGGCAAGAGUGACGCCCUUCUGGCCGCCUCCCUUAGCGCAGUCUCCAAUGGAUCCAGUAGGCCGCAGGGUAUUCUGAAGGAUGCGACCCGGGUGGUGCGAAAAGCAUUGAGUUCGAUAGGCCCCUCGUUUUACAGAUGAUUGCAGUUCCUCGCACCUUACACCUAGACAAUACAUAAGUACAAGCUUAAUUAAAAAUAAAUUAAAUCCCAUAGAA